AUGGAGGUGUACAUCGACGAUAUGCUCGUCAAAAGUAUUAAGGUCUCGGACCACAUAACGGAUCUGGAACAGUGUUUCACCACCUUGCGAAAAUAUAAGAUGAAGCUCAACCCCCUCAAAUGUUCAUUCGGAGUUAGGGGAGGCAAAUUUUUGGGUUAUAUGAUUUCGCAGCGAGGAAUCGAAGCUAAUCCCGCUAAAAUCGAAGCAAUCACCUCCAUGACUCCGCCAACAUCGAUCAAGAAAGUUCAACAACUCAACGGCUGUUUGGCAUCCCUGAAUAGAUUCAUUUCAAGAUCAGCGGACAAAGCUCUCCCAUUUUUCAAGAUUUUAAGGGGAGGAAAAAAGUUCGAGUGGGAUGAGGCAUGUCAAAAAGCCUUCACUGAGCUAAAGUCAUACCUCGCUUCACCACCCUUGCUCACAAAACCUCAGCCGGGAGACACACUCAUGUUGUACUUAGCUACCUCGGCUAAUGCCAUCAGCGCGGUCCUCAUCCGAGAUGGAGGAAAAGGUCACCAACCCAUAUACUACAUAAGUCGCGCUCUUCAAGGAGCCGAGCAACACUAUACCAAUAUGGAGAAGCUCACUCUCGCCCUCAUCAACGCUGCCCGAAAGCUUCGACCUUACUUCCAGUCACAUCAAGUAGUGGUUCUCACCAAUUAUCCACUGAAGCAAAUACUAAGGAGUCCCGAAACGUCCGGGCGAUUAGCAAAAUGGGCUAUAGAGCUAAGUGAAUACGGAGUAGAAUUCAAACCCUGCCCAGCUAUCAAAGCACAAAUACUGGCUGACUUUCUAGUCGAAAUGACCACAGUAGAAGAAAGCACCUCUCUACCUACUUGGUCCGUCAGCGUCGAUGGAUCUUCUACUACAACAGGAGGUGGAGCGGGCAUCGUACUAACAAACCCCGACGGAGACGAAUUCGAGUAUGCUCAACGCUUCGAAUUCACAGCCUCGAACAACGUCGCUGAGUACGAAGCACUGAUAGCAGGAAUCCGCCUCGCCCUGGCAGCCGGAGCGCGCAAGCUCCUAAUCCAAAGCGAUUCUCAGCUCAUCGUCAACCAAGUACUCGGAGCUUACGAGGCUAAAGAAGACACCAUGGCCAAAUACUUAGCUCUCGCGCACACUCUCUUAUCUAAAUUCGAGAGUUACGAGAUAAAACAAGUACAUGCUAGCAUCGGAAGUCGGAAGGUCACGCUCCUCACCUCACCCCAGCCAGAGAUAACUUCACCCACUGAAGUACAGUACACCGAGGAGGAUGAACCAUGCUGGUUCACUCCAAUCCUGAAGUAUCUCAAGAAGGGAGAACUUCCAGCGGAUUCCACCGAAGCACGAAAGUUAAAAACGAGAGCCGCUCGCUUCGUCAUAGUGGGAGAAGAGUUAUACAAACGAGGGUUCUCAUUCCCUUACCUCAAGUGCCUCGACCCGACCACAGCGGAUUACGUACUUAGAGAAGUACAUGAAGGCAUCUGCGGCAAUCACUUGAGCGGGAGGACCUUAGCUCUCAAAUUACUGAGGCAGGGCUACUAUUGGCCGACGAUGCAUGAAGAUGCGAAAAGAUUAGUCCGGAGGUGUAAGCCCUGCCAAGAGCAUGCCAAUAUCACUCACAUGCCAGCAGCGUUAAUGCAACCAAUUGACAGCCCCAUCCCUUUCGCCCAAUGGGGGAUGGAUUUAGUUGGACCAUUCCCGCCCGCCACAGGAGGACGCAAAUACCUCAUUGUAGCAGUGGACUACUUCACCAAAUGGGUGGAGGCUGAACCCUUAGCACGUAUCCGAGAGGAAGAAGUCAUUCAAUUCCUAUGGAAAAACAUCGUCUGUCGCUUUGGAAUCCCACGUUCCAUUAUCUCAGAUAAUGGAACCCAAUUUUGCGGUGACAAAGUGAAGAAUUGGUGCCUCGGCUUAGACAUCAAACAAUUCUUCACAUCUGUAGCAAAUCCACAGGCUAAUGGCCAGACGGAGGUCACGAAUCGCACCAUACUCCAACACCUUAAGACAAGACAUGGAAGUGCCAAAGGGAAGUGGGUGGACGAAUUGCCUAACGCACUUUGGGCUUAUCGCACAACCCCACGAGCAUCAACCGGAGAGUCGCCCUUCAAUCUAGCUUUCGGAACAGAGGCUAUCGCCCCUGUCGAAAUAGGAGAACCAUCUUGGCGAAUCACUAACUAUGACCCAACAGCUAAUGAAGAGGCUAUGCGGGGAAGCCUAGACCUCGUAGAUGAGUUACGGGAGAUCGCAUACAUCCGACAACAGAUGUAUAAAUCACGCAUGGCCAAGGCAUAUAACUCAAAAGUCCGCCCUCGCUCCUUUCAAGUCGGAGAUUUAGUCCUCCGAAAAGCUGAAGCCUCUCACCCCAUCGGUAAGCUCGACCCAAAGUGGGAAGGACCGUAUAAAAUCACAAAGGUGGUCAACACGGGAGCAUAUCGCCUCGAGAACAUUGAUGGACGCCCUAUACCCAGAACAUGGAAUAUAGGGAACCUCAAGCGGUUCUACGCUUAA